AUUGAAGUGUCAGACAGGAUAUUUUAUGGAGUCGGUGGUCACUGGUCACAAGAGUGCGUAUUUAGAUAAAUUGGUGGAUUAGUCAUUCCAUCAAAGUCAAAUCGUCGUGAAUUCGUGCCGUUCUCUCUUCUCUGUGAUCGCUUUAAGUUUUUUUCUACUCACAAUUUCGUUUUCAUUUUCCAGCCAAAAUGCAUCCUGAAUAUGAUUAUCUUUUCAAACUGCUUCUGAUCGGAGACUCAGGUGUUGGAAAAUCCUGUUUACUGCUAAGAUUUGCUGAUGAUACAUACACGGAAAGUUACAUCAGUACCAUUGGUGUUGACUUUAAAAUCAGGACUAUUGACCUAGAUGGAAAAACUAUCAAGCUGCAAAUUUGGGAUACAGCUGGUCAAGAACGAUUCCGCACAAUUACAUCAAGUUAUUAUCGAGGCGCUCAUGGAAUCAUUGUUGUAUAUGACUGCUCAGAUGCAGAAUCAUUCAAUAAUUUAAAGCAAUGGCUAGAAGAAAUUGAUCGUUAUGCCUGUGAAAAUGUCAACAAAUUACUCGUCGGGAACAAAUGUGACCUUACAACCAAGAAAGUUGUCGACUAUGAAACUGCCAAGGAGUACGCAAACACAUUGGGAAUUCCAUUCUUAGAAACGUCAGCAAAGAACGCUACCAAUGUGGAGCAGGCAUUCAUCACAAUGGCUUCAGAAAUCAAAAACCGCGUUGGUCCGCCUAGUGCAAGCGCCGACACUACUAGUAACACAAGAAUAGACCCCGGCCGACCUGUUGAAUCAACCAAGAGCGGAUGUUGCUGAAUACUUUUAGCGCUCACUUUGGCUCUCAUUCAUUUGAAAUUUCGUAUUGUUAUCUAUUACCACUUGUAUAAUAUCCUGUUGUAAUUUUAUACUAUAUAUUUUAUCUGGCUCUAAUUUCAUCCUGAAUUGAGAAAAACUAAGUCACUAGCCUUCAGUGAAAUAUCUCAAACAAUGAAUUCAAAUGUAUCAAACCAAAACAAAGUGGAUUGUCAGGGAGCCCUCUUUAUAAAUUAGUAUAAAAACAAAAAAAAUAAAUGAAAAAAAUAUUUAGAUAAUUGCUUUCACAGUUUCAUUUUUAGUGGGGGGUGGGAGGGGAGAAUCUAUUUUUAUCGUAAGUUUGUUGCAAGUAUGGAACAGAUAUAUAAAUCUUACACAAUUAAUUAUCCAGAAUCGGAGUGUCUGUGGAUGUAAGCAACUUAGAGGAAAUAGGGCAAGUGGAAGUUCCUUUUAAUGCUAAACAAAAUCAGAUUGUUCCACCAAAAAGACUGAAUAAUUUCCUCUUGUGAAAUUUUCCUUUUCCCCUUCUCUUGAUUACAUUUUGGAACUUUCUUUGAAAUAUGAGAAGAUAGCAUUUUUCGUUGUAUGUUUUUUCUGCAAAAAAUAUUCAUAUUAUUAACAUCUUAAAAUCUUCCUGCAGAUCAUUUAGUGAAUUAAGUCAGGAAAUAUUUUAAUUUUUCUAUCGCCGAAUACACAGACACUCUGAUUAGGUAUUCGAAUUAUUUGCAGCCUAAGUCAUCAGAGGUGUCUCUAAGAAUUGUCACUAGUCGUUUUUUCCUUGAAUGAAGUGUUAAAUGCAAAUCAAUCUAUAUCAUUCCAAAGUAUGUCACCGACUUUUAUGGCACUUCCUUUUUUCUACCUUUUAUAAAAGUUUUGUGAAAUCAGAGAGGAUUUUUGUACUUGAUUCAAAUAGGGGGGGGGGGGGUCAACUUUAAUCAAUGAUUUAAUUUAAUAUCCAUCUAUGCCUCUUAAAUGCUUGUUUUAAUUAAAUCAGAUAUGGGAGGUAUUCAAGGAAAAUUUUUAGUAUCAGAUAGAGUCCAUCCCGAAUAAGCUUAUGCUCUUCAAGAGUGCGACCAAGAUCAGCUGUGUCCAGUUUAGUACUGAAUGUAAAUGCAAGAAUCAAUCUCUCUGCUGUUGCACUCGAAAAAUGUGUGAACUGUAAACCGACAAGAUUUCAGGCAUUGAUAAGACCAGCAAAAUAUUGAAGAAUUAAUCCAAACCGUACAUUAUUUUUGCUCCAUGGACUCUCCAUUAAGAUACCGUGAGGGAAACUAGUAUAACCACCAAAUUUUUUUUUCUUUAAUCCUGGAUAAACUUGAGGGAUCUUAUUGGACUAGACGAAAUAUCAUCAUUUUAAAUUUCUGUUUUUUGUUUAAAGUAAUUUUUUCCUUUUCAUUUACUUUUUUACUUGCCGUGAAAGUUUCGAAUAUUGAAUUUAAUCUAAAAUUUCUUCGUUAGCAAAUAGUGAAUAACCAGCACUGAUAAUCUUGCCUUUUCUUGGAUGCAUUUGGAUAAUGAACAAAUAAUUUUGCUUUAUCAAUUAAAGAAAACUUGCAUAAGCUUGCAAAGAUUGCAUGCUAUAGUAAUAUAAUUUGCAUCCUCGAAAUUGAUAAUCAUAAAUAAUUGAUCAUAUUUAAAGAGAAAGCUCAGUCCAGUGAAAAAGCGCAGAGGCACGAAAGUUUUUAAGAUCGUUCUCGUUAAUUUCUCAUUUCUUUUUCAGAAGUCAAUGGAAUCAUUGACUGAGAAAAUGAUGAAACAGUCGAACUGUUGAUUGAAUGCCUUUUUCACCCCCAUCAGUGUAUUUCUGUCCCCAUGUAUUUCAACAUGAGACUGAAAUUCAGUUAAGACUAGAAGUUCUUUAAAAUUUCCUAACCUGCAGUAGCUAUGGAUAUUUCCUAGCAUAAAUGAUAGCAUGGAUCGUUUGAGAUGACUUGAAUAUGUGGCAGCAUUCUUUUGAUUUUUCUUCCCUUGUUUGUGAGCAUUUUGUGCUCAUCCAGUGCCCAGAAAUAUUUUUGUUAUCAAUUUUUUUCUUCUUUAUUUCUCUCUUUUUUAAGUAACAUGUUUUUUGUCUGUUAAAUUUAAGUUGAUGUAGUCUCCUCCUCUGAUCGCAGUCAUUCGCGAUCGUAGUUUACAUAUUUCAUUAAGUGAAUAAAUUUUCAUUCAGGAUUAUUAAUUUUUAUUCCUAUCGAAGAAAACAUAAUGAACAUUUUGAGCAGCUUGAGCUUUGCCUGUCACCUUCCUACCAUCAACACAGUGUGUAAGUCUCUUCUCAACAUUUUGUAUGAAUUCCAAGAAUCUCCAAAAGGAGUUUGCCUGCUAGAUAUCUAAAAUAGUCCCGAGUUAGUAGCUGCAUAGUUUUGCCACUUGUCAUCAUUAAAGUAGAUAAUCUUCUAAAUAUAUCACACAAAUUAAAGUCCUCGAAGCUCUGCCUUUUUUUGUGGUCUUCAACGUCUUUGACUAGAAGCUUUUGCCGUGUCUGCUACCAGUCUAGUAUUACCGUAAAAUGCAGUUCCCCAGACAACAGGACAUAUUACAUUUCAUCGCCGUCAAGUUUCCUUUUGCUCAUUGUGCUUCUAUCAGGGAAUUGUUGAGAAUUCUAAACUAAAAAUCACUUAUUUUUCUUCUGAUUGCAAGCAAAAAUCAGCAAAACUUCGGACAUAAAUUGCAGAGGCACAUUAUUUAAAAAAUUUAAAUUUUUUGUCAAUCUUGCAACUUUGGAAUGGGGUGACGUUCCAUCGACAGGGAAGCAAUGAAUGGUGUGUUUUAAGAGAAUCAACCUCCUAAAGCUUUGGUAAAAUUUACCAUAGUCACAAAAGUAAGCCUUCUUCUUGGGUAAAUAGGAGAUUUUUAAUGAUCUUUUGUUCAAUUACUGGAGCCGGAAGAUUUUGCGGUGCGUUCUUACCAAUAGUUUUUUUGUACAGUCACAGCUGUACAGAGCCUCAAGGAGGAGACUCUUCAGCUGACAAUCUUAGCAGGAACCUUUAUAAUGAAGCAGCGUGGCAGCAACAUUUUAAGAGCAUCUAUAUUUACAGUUGUGAAUGUAUGAAAUAAAAUAGUAAUCUUCAAUUUAAAUUAUGUGUCCUUCAUCAGUGAAUGCAAUUUCAGUUGUCUCCUGUUUUUGGUCAGCGACAUAAUUUUCUGUCUGGUAGCUCCGUUCAUUUGUCUGAGGGUCUUACUUAAGGCCUGUGACUGGUGCGUGUUAGAUAUCUUGCCCCUCUCGCGAGUCCUUACUCGGAUUGUUCUUCGAAAUGAAAGAAAGGCAAAAAAGCGUGACUCCAUCCUUGAAAGACUUGUGGUUUUAACAGAGUGGAAGAGAAUCAUAAUCCCACGUUACUCCUGUGAGUGCUAAUGCAUGAUGCUAGAAUUUUUAGAACAUUACUCAGCAGAACUCUAGACUCAGUAGUACUAAAACUUAAUGGGCAGGUUUCCAGUGUAGGAAAUCAAAUCCUCAUUUUUUAUUACAAUAAAAAAAUCUCCUGAUCAACAAAAAUGCUAUCGCAUUUCUUCUUUUCAACCUAAUAAUUCCUAGGAGAGGGGGUUUAAGUAUUCUCUACAGGGUCAUGUAUAAUCCUUGCUAUUGUGCACUCUCAGUAACUAAAUGGUGAGAGAUAUCAGUUGAUUUUACAGAUAAUCUUGGCAGUCUUAUUUGUACACAACUCUUGUGAAAAUUCACCUCUAAGACGCAGAUUUAUAAUUAUUAUUUGUAGGGAAACGAUUUGAAAGAAACGACAGGUUUGGUCAAAAUGGUUUGUAGAGUUCAUAAAUGCGACUCUCAUUUAAAAGUUUUUGAACAUAGUGUAGCCAUUGACUGUGCGCACAGUCUCAGAGAGAGAGAAAAAGAACACUAAGAGAAAUAAUGUGUGCUAGCAAGAAACUGAAUGGCAGAGAGGCACUUGUCGAAUGUAGUAUGUCUAAUUUAUGAAAUGUUAACCGUCAAGCCAAUACCAAAAAAAAUUGAUUUUACUUAGUAAACUUUCUAAUUUGACUGUCGGUCAAUAUUACUGCCCAGCAAGUAUGACAGCUGACUAGUUUCCACGAUUGCGAGGCUCUUACCUCUAAUUAUUACAGCUUUAAAAUUUAGCUUUAACGGAGAAGUAAUUUUUUGAUUCUUUGAAUAGAUUCAUCUAAUUGUUUAACAAGUGUGAAAUACUGUCUUAUCUAUUGGAGUCAACCAAUAACACAAAA